AUGUCUGCGCCGGCCGAAUCAUCCUCCACUGCUAAGUUGGCGACGCCUCCGACGGUGCACACGCUCCCGCGCACGCACCAGCUCGCGGCGCUGUACACGAUCAUCCGCGACAAGGACACCACUCGCGGAGAUUUUAUAUUCUAUAGCGAUAGGAUCAUACGGCUGCUCGUCGAGGAGGGCUUGAACCAUUUGCCUGUGCUGCCCAAGACGGUGCAUACGCCUACCGGCGUGUCGUACGAUGGCGUAGGCUUCGAAGGCAAGAUCUGCGGUGUGUCGAUCUUACGAGCUGGAGAGGCGAUGGAGCAGGGCUUGCGCGAAGUCUGUCGGUCGGUCCGGAUCGGGAAGAUCUUGAUUCAACGCGACGAGGAGACUGCUCAGCCGAAGUUGUUCUACGCAAAGCUCCCGCAAGACAUCGCGAACCGCUACGUUCUCCUUCUCGACCCUAUGCUCGCUACGGGCGGCUCCGCGAUGAAGGCUGUUGAAGUCAUCAUGGAGCACGGAGUACCGGAGGAUAGGAUCAUCUUCAUCAACCUCAUAUCAUCGCCUGAAGGCUUGCAAGCGUUCUACAAACGCUAUCCUAAGCUUCGUGUUAUCACCGGUUGGAUCGACGAGGGCUUGAACGAGAAAGCCUACAUCAUCCCCGGACUGGGCGAUUUUGGCGAGCGCAGGUACUGUCUAUAG